AUGGCCUGCACUGAGGCCCCACAGCAGCCAGCCCCGCACCAGCCCCAGCCCAUCUCGGCAGGAGCCACCACCACCACGGACACCGCGGGCCCUGCUGGGGGUCAUCGUGGCUCCGUGGGUCCCGACCUGGAGUGCCUGGUGUGCCGGGAGCCCUACAGCUGUGCCCGACUCCCCAAGCUGCUGGGCUGCCAGCACUCCUUCUGUGCUGUCUGCCUGAAGCUCCUGCUGUGCCCGCAGAACGACACCUGGUCCGUCACCUGCCCGCUGUGCCGCAAGGCCACCGCCGUCCCCGGGGGCCUCAUCUGCAGCCUGCGUGACCAGGAGGCCGUGGUGGGGCGGCUCGCCCGGCCAUGCCCCGAAGUGUGGCUCUGUCCUCAGGAGCUGGUGAGUCCCGCCACCCUGACAGCAGGGCAUCCCGGCUUGGCAGGAGAGGAUGGGCAGGACGUGGCGAGUGCCAACCGCGUGGCAGCCCGGCGCCUGGUGGCACACCUGCUCCUGCUGGCCUUGCUCAUCGUCCUCAUCCUGCCCUUCAUCUACCCCGGGAUCAUGCAGUGGACGCUCACCUUCAUCAUCGCCCUGGCCCUGCUGGUGGCCACCCUCUUCUGCUGUCACCCCCGCAGCCAGGGCAGCGGCCGGCCCUGCCCCAGGACCCUCUUCUGCGGGGAGCAGAAACACAGCGAGAUCUCCUCCGUUGCCUGUGUGCACCCCAUCCAGGCACCCACAGCACCUUGA